CAGAAGGGACCCCAACAACCUCUGUAUUCAAAGGAUGCCAUUAGAAAGGAGAUCCUUGCCUCUGGCUUUUUGGAUGAAAAGGCAUGGAUGAGUCAGUAGAGAGGAUCUCCAGGUAGACCCGGAAACAGUGACUGGAAAAAUCAGAGUAUCGAAGAGAACCACAGAAGCACUCCUCAGAGUCAUUAGCUCUCCGGAUUCAAGGAGCGUGAGAUGUAUCCAGCCUAGGAUGAAGACUUGGGGAUAUCUGAUUGGCCAAAUGCUGACCAAAUGCCAGCUCGAGUGCCUAGAGCCAGGAAUGUCACGGUGCUAACAGUCCAUGGCUCUCCCAGGCUCUGAGAGGGUUUUGCUCUGACUACAGUCCCCUGGCUGCUCCAGGACUACAUUUUGCUGCUACAGUGUCUCCAGGCCCCUGGUCUACCCUGCAGGCCCUUGGCCACGUGUCACCAUGGGCAGUGUCAGCAGCCUCAUCUCAGGCCACAGCUUCCACAGCAAGCAUUGCCGCGCCUCACAGUACAAGUUGCGCAAAUCCUCCCACCUCAAGAAGCUCAACCGCUACUCGGAUGGGCUGCUGAGAUUUGGCUUCUCCCAGGACUCAGGACGCGGCAAGUCCAGUUCCAAAAUGGGGAAAAGCGAAGACUUCUUCUACAUCAAGGUCAGCCAGAAGGCCCGAGGAUCCCACCGCCCAGACUACACAGCCCUAUCCAGUGGGGACAUGGGGGGCCAGGCUGGGAUAGAUUUUGACCCAGCCACCCCACCUAAGCUCAUGCCCUUCUCCAAUCAGCUGGAAAUGAGCUCAGACAAGGGGGCAGUGAGGCCCACUGCCUUCAAGCCUGUGCUGCCACGGUCAGGAGCCAUCCUCCACUCUUCACCUGAGAGUUCCAGCCACCAGCUUCACCCCAUGCCUCCAGACAAGCCCAAGGAACAGGAGCUGAAGCCAGGCCAGUGCUCAGGGGCACUGUCUGACUCGGGCCGGAACUCCAUGUCCAGCCUGCCCACACAUAGCACCACCAGCAGCUACCAGCUGGAUCCUCUGGUCACCCCCGUGGGGCCUACCAGCCGUUUUGGGGGUUCAGCCCACAACAUCACGCAAGGCAUCAUCCUUCAGGACAGUAACAUGAUGAGCCUAAAGGCUCUGUCGUUCUCUGAUGGGGGCAGCAAGCUGGCUCACCCAGGCAAGGGAGACAAGGGCUCGUCAUGUGUGCGUUCCCCGCUCUCCACGGAUGAGUGCACGGUCCAGGAGCUGGAGCAGAAGCUGCUGCAGAGGGAGAGCGCGCUGCAGAGGCUACAGCGCAGUUUCGAUGAGGAGUUCGUCUCCGGUCAGACCUUUGAGGAGCGGCCAAGGCGAACCCGGGACGAGCUGGAGUGCCUGGAACCGAAGAGCAAGCUGAAGCCGGCCUCGCAGAAGAGCCAACGCGCACAGCAGGUGCUCCAGCUGCAGGUGCUGCAGCUGCAGCAGGAGAAGCGGCAGCUGCGGCAGGAGCUCGAGAGCCUAAUGAAGGAGCAGGACCUGCUGGAGACCAAGCUGCGGUCCUACGAGCGGGAGAAGACCAACUUCGGCCCUGCGCUGGAGGAGACCCAAUGGGAGGUAUGCCAGAAGUCAGGUGAGAUCUCUCUUCUGAAGCAACAGCUCAAAGAGUCCCAGAUAGAGGUGAACACCAAGGCCAGCGAGAUCCUCAGUCUCAAGGCACAGCUGAAGGACACCCGGGGCAAGCUGGAGGGCAUGGAGUUGAAGACCCAGGACUUGGAGAGUGCCCUCCGCACCAAGGGGCUGGAGCUGGAGGUCUGUGAGAAUGAACUGCAGCGCAAGAAGAACGAGGCAGAACUACUGCGAGAGAAGGUGAACCUGCUGGAGCAGGAGCUGCUGGAGCUGCGGGCCCAGGCUGCCUCCCUGGGGCCUCUGGGGGUUGGGCCUACUUUCUCCGAGGAUAUCCCUGCUCUGCAGCGGGAGCUGGAGCGGCUUCGGGCUGAGCUGAAGGAGGAGAGGCAAGGCCAUGACCAGAUGUCCUCCGGCUUCCAGCAUGAGCGGUUGGUGUGGAAGGAAGAGAAGGAGAAAGUGAUUCAGUACCAAAAGCAGCUGCAGCAGAGCUACUUGGCCAUGUACCAGCGCAACCAGCGUCUAGAGAAGGCCCUGCAGCAGCUGGCCCGUGGGGAUGGUGCAGGGGAAGCCUUUGAAAUUGAACUGGAGGGAGCCGACAUCCCCUACGAGGACAUCAUAGCCACUGAGAUCUGAGGGGCUGCCUAGGGGAUGGAGGGAUGGGGACUGGACCCCAGAAGUCAGGGAGGGCUGAGUAUGUUCAAAGAGGCAUUUUGAGCCCCCCUGAGAGAAGUCAACUCUGGGGCCCAGACUCAGGAGUCCCCAGUGGCGGGUAGGGGUCACCACAUAGCCUUUCCUCCCCUCUUGCCUUUUCUAGUCUAACUAACCCUGCUGCUUAUUGGACCUUGAUCUCUGAACCCCAAACUCUCCUCGAGAUGUGUUCAGGGAGCUUCAUGUACUGGUCGAUGUUUCCUUCAACUUUGGUCUCAUUCAAAGUAGUGAGAAAAGCACUCCGUCAGGGAAGGGGGCAACCGCCAUACAGGCCAAAUGGCUACCCAAGGACAGACACAUCUUCCCUGUCAUCCUCAAACCCCUGUCACCCCCUAGGCAUAUUGGGAUGCCUUGAGAUAGAAAGAAGCCAUGCACAACCAGAA